CGCCGUUUCCGCUUCCGCUCCACUCUGCUCCCGUCCCGUUACCGCCUCCUGGCCGGCCUCGCGCUUUUCACCGGUAACUUGCGUCUGCUGCGUAGCCGGGCCGUUGCUGCCACGCGCGCCCCGGGGCUCCGGCGCCGGCGCCGGCAAGCGUCGUGCCCCGCUCUCCUGCCCCUGAGGCCGCCGGCCAGCUGCCGUCAUGGGUGCCUACCUCUCCCAGCCCAACACAGUGAAGUGCUCCGGAGAUGGGGUCGGUGCUUCGCGCCUGCCGCUGCCGUACGGCUUCUCCGCCAUGCAAGGCUGGCGCGUCUCCAUGGAGCCCCUCUUGCUGUGGAACCAGGGUGUUUUGAGGAGGGGUAAUCAAAAUACCACAGUUGAUGUUCCCUUCCCUUCUUCCUUCUCCAUGGUUUGGAGGGAUCCUCAAGCUUGUUGAGGAUGCUCACAACUGUAUUCCUGAAUUGGACAGUGAGACAGCCAUGUUUUCUGUCUAUGAUGGACAUGGAGGGGAGGAAGUUGCCUUGUACUGUGCCAAAUAUCUUCCUGAUAUCAUCAAAGAUCAGAAGGCCUACAAAGAAGGCAAACUACAGAAGGCUUUGGAAGAUGCCUUCUUGGCUAUUGAUGCCAAACUGACCACUGAGGAAGUUAUUAAGGAGCUGGCACAGAUUGCAGGGCGACCCACUGAGGAUGAAGAUGAAAAAGAGAAAGUAGCUGAUGAAGAUGAUGUGGACAAUGAGGAGGCUGCACUGCUGCAUGAAGAGGCUACCAUGACUAUUGAAGAGCUGCUGACACGCUAUGGGCAGAACUGUCACAAGGGUGCUCCCCACAGCAAAUCUGGAGCUGGGACAGGCGAGGAGCCGGGGUCCCAGGGCCUCAAUGGGGAGGCAGGAUCUGAUGACCCAUCUAGGGAAACUUCAGAAGAAAAUGGCCCUAUAGCCAAGGCCCACAGAGGCCUUUCCUCCAACUCAGAACGUGGGACUGAGGCAGGCCCUGGUGGUGAGCCUGGCACUCCCACUGGUGAGGCUGGGCCUUCCUGCUCUUCAGCCUCUGACAAGCUGCCUCGAGUUGCUAAGUCCAAGUUCUUUGAGGACAGUGAAGAUGAGUCAGAUGAGGCGGAGGAGGAAGAGGAAGACAGUGAGGAAUGCAGUGAGGAGGAGGAUGGCUACAGCAGUGAAGAGGCAGAGAAUGAGGAAGAUGAGGAUGACACUGAGGAGGCUGAAGAGGAUGAGGAAGAAGAAGAGGAGAUGAUGGUGCCUGGCAUGGAAGGCAAAGAGGAGCCCGGCUCUGACAGUGGUACAACAGCAGUGGUGGCUCUGAUACGAGGGAAGCAGUUGAUUGUAGCCAAUGCAGGAGACUCUCGCUGUGUGGUAUCUGAGGCUGGCAAAGCUUUAGACAUGUCCUAUGACCACAAACCGGAGGAUGAAGUGGAGCUAGCGCGCAUCAAGAAUGCUGGUGGCAAGGUCACCAUGGAUGGGCGAGUCAACGGGGGCCUUAAUCUCUCCAGAGCCAUUGGAGACCACUUCUACAAGAGGAACAAGAACUUGCCACCUGAGGAACAGAUGAUUUCAGCCCUUCCUGACAUCAAGGUGCUGACUCUCACCGACGACCACGAAUUCAUGGUCAUUGCCUGUGAUGGCAUCUGGAAUGUGAUGAGCAGCCAGGAAGUUAUAGACUUUAUUCAAUCAAAGAUCAGCCAGCGUGAUGAAAAUGGAGAACUUCGGUUAUUGUCAUCCAUCGUGGAAGAGCUGCUGGAUCAGUGCCUGGCACCAGACACCUCUGGGGACGGUACAGGAUGUGACAACAUGACCUGCAUCAUCAUUUGCUUCAAGCCCCGAAGCACAGCAGAGCUUCAGCCAGAGAGUGGCAAGCGGAAACUAGAGGAUGUGCUGUCUAUUGAGGGGGCUGAAGAAAAUGGCAACAGUGACAAUAAGAAGGCCAAGCGGGACUAGUGGUUGUCCAGACCCCUGCCCAUCUAGACUGUUUUCUGAGCCCUUCGGACUUGGGACUGAGUUUUGUCUUUUUCCUUUAGCCUUAGCAGUGGUUAUGAGGUGUGCAGGGGGAGCUGGGUGGCUUUCCUCAGCCCAUUCCAAGGAGGGCGCUCCCUCCACACAGCAGCCUGGGAGCCUCUGCCGUCCUCCCCAGCUUCCUCCUUGCUCCUUGGGGCUCACCACCGGUUCUGUGCCUGUGCUCUGUUGUGUUGAAGGGAAGACCGGAGGUUCUGGUUUUUACUCUGUGAACUUUAUUUAAGGACAUUCUUUUUUAUUGGCGGCUCCAUGGCCCCCAGCCGUUUGCACCCGCUCUCUGUUGUAUACUUUCAAUCAACACUUUUUCAGACUAAAAGCCAAACCUAAUCGUG